GCAUUUGCUUUGUAUUUUGUUUACACAGAUCAGCUGAGUUAGAGCUAGGGUGUUUGGUUAAAAAUAAAUCCCUAUGUAAUCAAGAAAAAAGAGGGUGUUUGGUUAAUGAAACCCUAAGAAAGCAGAAAGAGGAAGAAGGUGUAUGGUUAAGAAAACCCUAUAGAAGAAGAAAGAUGAGGAUGUUUGGUUAAUAAAAACCUAUAAAAUAAGAAAGAAAGAAGAGGGUGGUUGGUUAUGCAAAAGGUACUCCCAAAAUGUCGAACCCUUGCAUUCUGUGCAAGACGUGCAAAGAAACGCAUCCUGAUGCCGUUUUCCAUCGCUUUCCGAGGACCAAGACGAGAUGUCAAAGAUGGCUAAACGCACUGCAGCUUGAUGCUAUCAAAGACAAAACCCCGCGAGAGUUGUACAAGUCAUUUCGACUGUGCAGCAAUCAUUUUUCACCAAAGAACUACCUGACUGGGACGCAUUUCCCAGGAUUAAGAGAAAAUGCCUGCCCAGACCAAAAUCUUGAUCCAGAUAAUUUACCACUCCCGGCUGAAGCUGCAGAGAAUAUAACAUCUGAAAAUAAACCCCCAUCAAACUUGCCUAAGGAUUCAGGUGUAUCAAGCAUUACUAUGAGUAUAUGA